AUGAACGAUUUAAUGAGCUUCGGAAUCCACAGAAUUUGGAAAAACGAAUUUGUAAGUCUUGUCAACUUCCCUUCAUUCAGGGCCCCCGAGGGGGCCCCCCUGGGGGCCCCCCAGGGGGCCCCCCUGGGGGCCCCCCUUGGGGGCCCCCCUGGGGGCCCCCCGGGGGGCCCCCCCGGGGGGCCCCCCUGCGAGCCGUUUAGGGUACUGGAUUUGGCGGGGGGCACAGGAGAUAUAGCUCUGCGGCUUGUGGAGCGGGCGCUGCAGCAGCAGCAGCAGCAGCAGGAGCUGGCGCUGCAGCAGCAGCAGCAGGAGCUGGCGCUGCAGCAGCAGCAGCAGCAGCAGCAGCAGCAGCAGCAGCAGCAGCAGCAGGAGUGCAGCGGCGUGGAAGUGACAGUCUGCGACAUAAAUAUGAAAAUGAUGGAAAUCGGGCGGCAAAAAGCUGCAGCAAAGGGCAUUCCCCUGGGCCCGAUAAUCGACGCGCUGCCCCCCAGCAGCAGCAGCAGCAGCAGCAGCAGCAGCAGCAGCAGCAGCAGCAGCAGCAGCAGCAGCAGGGGGGUCGCUCGAACGCGCGUGAGCGCCGCUGCGGGCCUGGGGGCCCCCCGGGGCCCCUGCCGCCUGCGGUGGGUACUGGGCAGCGGCGAAAGCCUCCCUUUUGCUGCAGCAACUUUCGAUUUGCUGCUCAUUAGUUUCGGACUUCGCAACUUCUCCAGACCUUCUCGGGGCCUCCAGGAGGCCUUCCGAGUCCUCAAGCCCGGAGGCCGUUUUCUCUGUCUCGAAUUUUCUCCCCUCCAGCCCCAGGGGGCCCCCGGGGGCCCCCCGGGGGCCCCCCCGGGGGCCCCCCAGGGGGCCCCCCCGGGGGCCCCCCUGCGGGGGCGCAGUGUGGGGGGCCCUGUAUGA